AUGGCUACAGCAGCAGCCGACGACUCGUCGGAUAUAGCAGAGUCAGAGCUUGGUAGCGGCGAGAGAACGCCACUCCUUGCUUCUGACUCUUCAACACUCUCAGGACGCGACAUUGAUCAGCAUAAGGAUGCCCUGGACGUCGAAAACAACAUUAAGACCGAGACAUCAACUCUAGGCAGGCAAAUAGGAUGGAGCAGCGCGUUCAUUCUCGUCAUCAGUCGCGUGAUUGGCAGCGGCAUCUACGCGAUGCCUGGUGUUGUCCUGAGUGAAGUGGGCAGCACGGGCCUGGCAUUGAGUCUCUGGGUCGCUGGAGCCCUAGUCUCCUAUACAGGGCUGGCAAUCACGAUCGAGUACGGCGCCAUGUUUCCACGAUCUGGCGGAGUCAAGGUCUAUCUCGAGGAGACAUAUCGCCGACCCCAUCUUCUGGCAACCGUCCUUGUUGCCGUCCACGCAGUCUUACUCGGGUUCACGGCCUCGAACUGUAUCAUAUUUGCAAAGUAUAUGCUUUAUGCAGCCAACAUUGAGCCAAGUGACAUUUCGACCAAGCUCUCAGCCGUUGGAUUGCUCACACUGAUUACGAUCGUGCAUGGAUGCUUCUAUCGGACUGGCGUAUACGUCCAAAACUUGCUGGGUUGGCUAAAGAUUGGUCUCACCGUUUUCAUGAUCAUGACGGGCUUCACCGUCCUAGCGAGGUCGAAAGAGCCUGUUCCUAAGUGGGCCGAGAUCUGGGCAGGGUCGACCAGCGACUGGAACACGAUAUCUACGGCGUUCUUCAAGAUUCUCUACUCGUUUGCAGGUCUCGAGAACGUCAACAACGUGAUGAAUGAAGUCAAGAAGCCAAUUCGGACUAUCAAGACUGUUGGCCCAGCCGGUCUUCUCACAGCAUGCCUGAUGUAUCUCCUGAUCAACAUCUCGUACUUGGCAGUCGUUCCUGUGGACGAGGUCAAGCAGAGUCGCGAACUGAUAGCUGCUCUCUUCUUCGAGAAAGUGGGGUUUGGAAGGUCAUUUCUUCCCAUUGCCAUUGCGCUCAGUGCCGCAGGAAAUGUCAUGGUGGUCGUAUUCAGCACGGCUCGUUUCAAGCAAGAAAUUGCGCGGUCCGGCGUACUUCCACUUCCAAAGAUCCUCGCCUCAAACGAGCCUUUCAAUUCUCCACUGGGUGGCCUUUUGAUACACUACAUUCCUAGUGUGCUUGUGAUCGUUCUGCCACCAUCGAGCACUGUCUACAGCUUCAUCGCCGACGUCGAGGGCUACUCAGGACAAUUCUUCGGACUAGCAAUUGCUGCGGGCUUGCUAAUACUGCGCUGGAAACAACCAAACCUUCCUCGUCCGUAUAAGGCGUGGCUGCCUGUUGUGUGGUUCCGGAUCGCUCUCGCAAUAUGUCUCAUAAUGGCACCACUCUUCCCGCCCAAGAAACGACCGGAGGGCAUGUUCUACGCCACGUAUGCGUUGCUAGGUAUAGCAGUUCUGAUCUUCGGUAUUGCUUAUUGGUUCGCGACUGUGAUCGCCUGGCCGCGCUACCGAGGCUACAAACUCGUGGAAGAGACCGAGGCGCUCAGAGAUGGCACAAAGAUUACAAAACUCGUCCGCCGGCCGCUCCAGAACGUGUCUUACGCGACAUCUUCCCCACACCCCGUACAGCAUCACGAACCUCUCCCCAACUAUGGCGUGCUUACUGACAAAUCAGGCAUCAGGCCUGGUGGCACGAUAUAUACACACGAUGUCGAGGUGUUGUAA